AUGCAAGUGAGAGCACACAACAUCCCACAGACUCAUCUAGAGACGUUACCGGUUCCCGCUGCUAAAGAUCUCUCUCAUACGAGUUCUGUCGAUGCCGGGUGUCGUCCAUCUGAGUACUACCGUUCCCGGUUGUCCCCCGUGCGAUUUGCUUCCCGUCAACUGAUUCUAUCUCUAGUCGAGAAAGAGACAGAACCCUUAGGAAGAUGGCAGGCAAAAGUUAGGACCCCUCUGUUGGACGCAUAUUUUUCUCUUACGGCAACGCUUGGGAGUCACACCUUUUAUGUGUUAAUGCUGCCGAUACCUGUCUGGUUUGGCUAUUUCAAGUUGGCUCGGGAUCUGGUGUUCAUAUUAGGAUUCGGUAUAUAUUUUUCAGGCCUACUGAAAGAUUACUUAUGUCUACCAAGACCCAAAUCUCCUCCGCUACAUCGAAUCACACGCAGCCAUUAUACUGCUCAAGAGUACGGCUGUCCCUCAAGUCACAGUGCCAACGCCAUUUCUGUGACUCUAACGUUGGCAACAUAUUGGUACCAUUAUAGUUACACUUACAGCACACUGUUCAAUACAGUCAGCAUUAUAUUCGGGUUGAUUUACCUUGUUUCAUUGGUCCUGGGAAGGUUAUACUGUGGUAUGCACGGUUUUGUCGAUGUCGGGUCGGGACUCGUAAUCGGCAUAUCAUGUUUUCUGAUAAGGCAUCUGACUUCUGAUAUAUGGGAUCACAUAGUCUUUCAAACAGGUUGGUUUAGUCCGGUUUUAGUGUUAGUGUUCUACUACUCACUUAUCUAUUUUCAUGUUAAACCUAUAGAUGAUUGCCCAUGCUUUGAGGAUAGUGUUGCCUUUGUGGGAGUUUUAACGGGAAUGGAAUUAGGACAAUGGGCAUUGUUUCAGACUUCAAACGCAAUUACAAUUGAGGAUUUUGAUUUCCGAUACAAUGUAAUCGUCCCCUUCAGCUGGACUCAUCUAGGCCCAUUUUUCACUUUGGCUCGGUUAGUUAUCGGUGUUUCCACAAUUGUCAUCUGGAAAGCGAUAUCUAAGCCGCUUCUCACGCGGCUGUUGUCUCCCAUCACGCCGCACCGCGCUUCACACCAUUGCAAAGCAUUACAAUCCCGAACACACGUGUAUAUUUUCGUUCGGCUAGCUGUGUAUGCUGGAAUUUCCACACUCACGGUUUGGAUGAACGUAUUGUUUACCCUUUUUGGACUGGACUCUUCUCUAUCCGGCCCUCUAGAUAAAUAUACUUGA